UUAUGUGUGUAUUAAUAAUUGCACUUACCGAACACCGAAUUCUACUGACAAGAUGGAGAUGAUUGGUCGCGUCGAGUCACUUUCACUUAUUUUCAUUUUCAGCGCAUAACGGGGCGGAUUCAUUGAUAGUGACUUCAUUCAGGGGCGGGUGGCACGUGAGCGAUUUAGCCAAAGAAGAGGCACAUUUCGUAUGCCAAAAAAUUGAUUUUAAAAGAGCAGCAACAACAACGGGCUGGAGUCGGACAGGAGCGCUUAACCGAACACAAAAACCCUUCGCUUCCUACAAGGACCCGAGCGCCGUCACAUCGAUUGUCCGAUUCGCCACUGCGGCUGGUUUGCGGCGGCUCGCGCACGCAAUCCCUGAAUGGGCGGUCGCCAUGGUUACUCAGGUCACAUGCGUGGGUUGCCUAGCGCCGGCAGCGGAGGAUGCUACAGGCUCGCGCUGCCAUUUUCAUUGAGCCGCGAGACAGCGGGAUGCUGGAUGCUUCGCUUCUGCGGACGAAGCUCACGGGAAUGAGGACGGAGAUCCGCAGCGCCUAACAAACGGAGCAUCAUUCCGUCGUCGUCGCCGCCGCCCCCCCAACACCCCCCCGUCCACAUCGCAUUUAUUAGAAGGUGUUACACGUAAAAACAAAUAAAAGGAAGACAUAUGUAAUAUAUAUAUCGUCGAUAUUGUACAGUACGUUCCGCUGCCGAGGCAGGCUCGAGUCGCUCGCUGCAUUUGUCCCGAUUAAUUUUCCCGCAGAGCCUGACAACAGGAAUGAGUAUAGAAAUCCCCGAAGGGCUGACGGAGCUGUUGCAGAGCUUUACCGUGGAAGUGCUGAGGAACCAGCCGGCGGACCUGCUCGAGUUCGCGCUGCAGUACUUCACGGCGCUCAAGGAGAGCCAGAGCAAUGAUGAGCUGCACCACUCGGCGCUCCGACCCGCCAAGGCGGUCAACUUCAUCGAGGAGGCCAUGCAGAUCGACUCGGAAAACGGGGAGGAUGAGGAAGAAGACGACGACGAGGAGGAAUUCGUAGCUCCAGUAAUCAACCGAUUCAAUAGAAGAGCUUCAGUAUGUGCUGAAGCGUUCAACCCUGAUGAUGACGAGGAAGACAAAGAACCUAGGAUCACCUAUCCCAAAACAGAUGAGCAGAGACAAAGACUGCAGGAAGCAUGCAAAGAUAUUCUUCUCUUCAAGAACCUGGACCCAGAGCAGAUGUCUCAAGUGCUGGAUGCCAUGUUUGAGAAGCUAGUGGAGUCUGGUGAUCAUAUCAUUGAUCAAGAUGACGAUGGGGAUAACUUCUAUGUUAUCGAAAGCGGGACGUUUGACAUCUUUGUGAAGACUGACGGCACAGAGCGGCCGGUGGGCUCAUACAACAACCGUGGGAGUUUUGGGGAGCUGGCGCUCAUGUACAACACGCCCAGGGCGGCAACCAUCAUAGCCACGUCCGUCGGAGCGCUGUGGUGCCUGGACCGACUAACGUUCAGGAGAAUCAUUGUCAAGAACAAUGCCAAGAAGAGGAAAAUGUACGAGGCUUUCAUCGAGACACUUCCACUGUUAAAGUCACUUGAAGCUUCAGAGAGAAUGAAGGUUGUGGAUGUAUUGUCCUCUAAAGUUUACAGCGAUGGAGAGCAGAUUAUUGCACAGGGGGAUAUGGCAGAUUGUUUCUACAUCGUGGAAUCCGGACAAGUUAGGAUUACCAUGAAACGGAGCAGGUCGAAGAAGGACCUGGAGAAUGGUGAGGUGGAAAUCGCCGUGUGUUCCAGGGGCCAGUACUUUGGGGAGCUGGCAUUGGUCACCAACAAGCCAAGGGCUGCCUCGGCCUAUGCUGUGGGCAGCGUCAAGUGUUUAGUCAUGGAUGUUCAGGCCUUUGAGAGGUUGCUGGGCCCCUGUAUGGACAUCAUGAAGAGGAACAUCGCAAACUAUGAAGAGCAGCUCGUGGCCCUCUUUGGAAGUCACGUCGACAUCGAGGAUCAGAACGCGUGAAAACGCAAAGAACAAAAAAACUCAGACGCAUCUGCUGAGAAGAAGCCAAGGUGGCUAUAGGAAGCUAUUAACUUUUGUCCCAAUGCCAGGCGUUUACAUAACUGCUGUUUUUAUUUCUGGGCUUUCGGAAACGUUAAGCAACAUGUAGAUUACAGCCAUUCGGAUCUUCUAGAAAGAGGCAUCCGCACACAAACUGUCUGCUUCAACAGUUUAUGUGAGAAUGACUUAGAAUCACUUGGGAGUUUUGGAGUGCCAGUAUUUGGUAUUUUUUACAACGAUACACUAUUUAUUUAUUUGCACACAUGUCCGGUUUUCUUGCUUAUUUUCAUUGCUUCUUUGGUUUUGUCGAGAAGUUUAUAAUAUUAGUCAACAGGUAGUCUGUGAAUAAAUUCAUAUAUUCAUGCUGUUAAUGUCUCUUUGAAUAACACGAACACUCUCUUUAAUAUUACAGUUUUGAAAGAGCAUUCAGUAUAUCUUUAUAGAUUCAAAUUUUUCAUUACAGUUUCACAUCCUGUUUAACGUGCUCAGCUGUGUCUGCUCUGCAAAGGGGUUAAAAAAGUGCUGUCUUGCAUUUUAAAAUUUUGUCACUGACCUGGACACAGUUUUGUGGAGACGCUGUAGGCUAGCAUCCUAUUUGUGUGCAGGACUUCUCAGGCAAACACUAUGACCAUGUACUUAUGCCUGGCUUAAAAGACUAUCCCCCCUGGUUUUUCUUGGUAAGUUUAUCUGUAUUAUGUGUUCAAUACUUAUUUUCACGUUUGUUCGAUAUCUGAGUUAACAGACAGUACAAUUCAACUGCACAGAAACGUUUACAUUUUCUCCUAAUGACUACAUUAUAUUCUUGCUUUUUGGCUGCUUCGUGGUGUUUGGUUGAUGAGUUAUUCACAGAUUAUAUAACUAAUAAUACUUGAAUUUAGUUGAACAAAAUUCAGAUCGCAAUUACUUAUUGAGGUUGUAUGUACCAUACAUAGCCCACGGUGUUUUAAAGUUCACACCCAUAGUCAAGCAGAGUUACUUGGUGCUGAGUGGGACAAUGCAUUUGGUCAAAAAUAAACAAAACAUUUCAACACUUGAUGUCAAGCUGUAAAGUGUCACACUAAUACCUGGUUGAAAAAAGAAAAUGAUAUAUUUAUUUAGGAGCAUGACAUGUUUUUUUAUCCCUUAUAUACAGUUUCAUACCUCAGAUUCUAGCCAAAAACCAGUAGGCGCUUUUGCUUCCAAGUUUACUUAGUCCAACUUUUUACAUGUACAAGGGCAUAGUACAGUAUUAAUGUUUUCUAUACAUGAAAAAAGAGCCGCUUUUCUCUAAAGCGGUCCUCAAGUGUUGAUGACAAGUGAUACGUGACGGAAGUAUGAAUUCCUGCUGCAGAAGAGUGAAAACGUUGCUUCAGAAUUUAAAAAGGCAACAGUCUUAAUUACUUGGUGUUCGGUUUGCCUUUAAAUAAGCUUAGCAAGUUUAUAUCCAGUCUUUUUUUUAGUCUAGCCUAGUUUUUUUGUUUUUAUUCAGCUUUUGUAGUGUAUGUAAACUUUCGAGAAGAUGCUCAACGUUAUUAGAUUCAUUAUCAUUUUUGUCAUUACUGUCAUGGACAGUCCAUUGAGUUAUUAUUUGUCUACCUCGGUACACUGAUAAUGACAAUUAUUACAUUUUGUGGUGUACAUCCACAUCUUCCUCUCUCUCGACAGAUAAGGAAUAUUGUUUAAUGGUAUUUCUGUGUUUCAAUUUAAUUUUAAACUUCAUCGUGUAAACCUGUCACAAAAAUUACCUUUAUAUGGUUAAUGGCAAGUAGCAUUUUUUUUAGUGUGUCCAUUUUUUUUCUCUAUGUAAUCCAGUUACAAUUCCUUGACACGGACGCAGUGUCAGCAGUGCUAUAUGUUCCUGUAAUGCAGUUCAAAGGUCUACAGACUCAAU